GUGACCCCCCCCAGUCGUUCCUGUCGUGACGUCAUCAGGUUCUGGUCCGUUUUUUAAAUCAUUGUAUUAAAAGGGUUUGCGAACGACUUGCAAAAGUGUACAUACGAGUACCCAAAAACCAAUGUCGACAUUUUAAAUAAAUAAUUGUAGUCUCCGGAUAUUCUGGGAUGUAACGUCAAGUCAGUAGUUGGCCUCUGUGGCUCCUCCCCCUCUGACCCAAACCGCACGUGGGCCCUCCGCUGGUGACGAGCUGUCAGAACGCAGGCGCAUGCGCGUCGAGACGAUGGGAAUUUCCAACAGCUGAGGAGGCGUAGCUAGCCGCGGCUAGCACUUGUUAAAGAAAUGAGAGAUUUCCAAUAUGGUGCUCUCCUGUGUCUUUGCAGCUUGGGGGGGGGGGACAGCUCAGAAGAAUCCAACUAUCACAGAAGCGGGUCGCGGUGAAUGACCUUGAACUCUGCACACGCUGAAACCGAGCGUGAAGCAGAAGCUCCUCCAGGCCUCCUCCUGCAACGACGCCGCGCUUCCAGGACGACGCCAGAGAUGACCGCAAGAAGGCGCCCCGACGGGCUGCAGCCCAGCUACGCCAACUGAGAGCACCACAACCACGGCGUCUCCUGUUCAAAGGAUGUGCGUCUGAUUGGAUGACAGCGCUCAGUCCUCUUCCCUCUCUCCGAAACGUUAUUAAGGUUGCGCUUGUGCCAAACAUUCGCAGUGAAUCAUGGCGACCAAAAAUGGUGCUUGAAUGUGGCGCCCUGGUGCCGAGUAUGCUAAACGGGGUGCGGCUCUCUCAGAAAAGUAGAACGGCCGACUGACAGUCCGCUGGGGAUAAUGGAUGCCAAGCUGAAGGAGGACCUGUUUCGGAGGUACGUGACGCUGCUGGAGAGGCGCCUGGAGGUUGGCGGGGAGUACGCGGCGAACGGGUCCGCACCGGCGGGGGGGGACCGAGGGAGGCACAAGGACAGCGAGGCCCUGCUCUCCACAGCGACGGCUCUGCUGGGGGCCUACCAGCCGGACCCGGGGCAGCGCUUCCGGAUGGUGCGCUUCUACGAAGUGGUGGAGAGUUCCCUCCGCUGUCAGAGGGGGGGCAGCAUCAAGAGCCUGGAGAGAGCCUACAACACGCUGGAAACCAUAUGCACCAACCUCCUGCUCUUCCCCUGGAAGAAGGAGUUCCGAUGCAUCAAGACCUUCACCGGCCCAUACGUGUACCAUCUGCAGUCGGCCAUCUCUGACGGAGAACUCCGAACUCUGAUGCGCACCAUCGGCUACGCCUGUGACCACGACGCCCAGUUCCGCUUGCAGGAGCACCCGGGGGGCUCCAACCACCUGCGGCAGCUGGCCUUCGAGCUCUUCCUGGCCCAGGCCGAGUGUCGCCUCCUGGGGGAGGUGGUGGCUUUGGCCCGCGGCUCCGCCUCCGAGCUGGAGGCCCUGGAGCUCCGCAGGGGGUGCAGGGACGACGCGGCCGGCUGCGCCGAGGCGCUCCGCCGCCGCGACAGCCUCGGGGCGGACAUGUCCCGGCUGUCCGUGCGGCCGCCGGACAUCGAGAGGCCUCAUGGCCACCACCUGCGGCGAGGCAGCCGGCCGUCCAAGUCCGUGGACGUGACGGACGGGGCCGGCCACUGGCACGCCGCCAUGACCAAGCCCGUCCUGAAGGCCUCGCUGAGCCUGCGCAAGGAGCCUCUGUUCGUGGACGCGGAGGAGGACAUGAAGGACGAGAUCAUCCGGCCCUGCACCUCGGCGUCGCUCUUCUCGGUGGCCGCCGCGCCCUCCUACAGCCCCGUCGCCGAUUUCUUCCCCAUCCAGUCGCCUCCCCCGCCCGACGCUUACACGUCCUACCACCUGUCCUCGUUGGACGAGAUAGACCUGUACACGGAGCGGGGCGUGGGGGCCGGGGGCAGGCAGACCCCCUCCCGCCCUCCGUCCAGGGAGCCCCGUGACGCGAGGGACGCGUGGCUGCUCAAGGCUCACGGCGGCGUGAAGUGCCAGGGCUGCGGGCUGGGCUGCUCCUCCGUGGCCGCCUGCCCGAGGUGCGACACCGUCCUCUGCCCCGCCUGCCACGACGUGGACCCCUCCCCCUGCUGCGGCCUGCAGGACUACCACGCCAAACCCCCGCGGCCCCUCGACGGCUACAUCCCCGUCAAGGAGAAGCUCUCAGUCUACUCCAACGCUCAGUCCCACCUCCACCCGCACCCCCUCACGCUGACCCACUCGCACUCCCACCCGCACCCCCACCCCCAGAUGGCGGAGAAGCCCCUCAUGUCCGCUAAGCUUUUCGCGAGCAAGUCCGUCGCCCUGACGACGCCGAAGGGCGGCGGCGAGCGGCUGAGCCUGGGCGGGUCGCGGUGCGGCUUCUGCAACAAGCCGGCGGCGUCGCACACCUGCGUGAACUGCUCCAAGGUGUCAUGUGACUCGUGCAUGGGCCUCUACGGGAAGGACAUCUGCACGCGGAAGAACCCCCAGCACAGCUUCGUGCCCAACCACCAGCUCAACUUCAAAUCCGGCACCAUGUCUCACAUGGUGUACCGAUGAGUGUGCCCCCCCACCGCUACGUAGACUCGCUUCAGCUCUUGCCAAUCAAAGCAGCUCAUUUCCUCUCCUCCCUUUUAUCCGCGGCGGCGGUUCUGCUCUCAAACUUUGUACAUUUCCUCUCGCUACGGCCACAGAGAGCCCCCCCCCGACCCCCCCCCCCCUCGCUGCCUUGUAAAAGUCCAGGCCUUUUUACGAUCUAUUUCUUCUCCCUUUUGACCUACCUGCUAUUCAGUAUUCACGUGAUGUUGUAGUGCUUCCCCCACUUCCUUCUUCGAAAGGGAAACUGGAUGAAAGGGAGUUUUACUUCCUUCUCGUUCUGAAUGAAUUCCGUCCGUAUGAAUAUGUGUGUGUGUGUGUGUGUGUGUGUGUGUGCGUGGAAAGGACCUCCCAGCUUGCAUUGUGACACGGGAGGUCUUUUCAAACUUAAACCAAUAGGAGAAAAAACAGAGAACCUACACUGGAAGUCAAUAGUUUAUAUUUUUAAUCUCUAAUCUCUAUUCUCUCGAACAAUGUGAGACUGUUAAAUGGGCAUGAGGUCUGGCUUUGGGCCUUCUUUGUGGGGUGGGGGGGUGGUUGUAAACUUGUCUGUGGGGUGGGGACAUAUUGCCAUAUAUUCUAUUUAAAAAUGAUUAUGCCUUGUAAAAUAACCCUGGUGUUUCCUGGUCAUGUGACAGGUUGAACUGCUGCUGGUGACUUGAGACACUGAAGAUGACUUGGGUUUGGUGAACAGCCUGUUUUAGUUGUGUCGGUCCAUGCCCCCCCCCCCCAACCCUUCAUUACACUCCUUCCAUGACGCCGUCGUGCGCGUCAGUCAGUCGGUCGGUCUCGGUGGAGUCGCAGGAUCAGCUGACUUGGAUUCUCUGACUCGGUUGGUUGGUUUCUACCUCAAACAGCUUCAGCUCCUCAGCAUGGCGAGGCCCCCCCCCCACUCCCCCCUAAACGUAUUUAUUCACCUUACAGGUUAACUUCCUGUUCUUAAAGCAACCUAUGAUAUCGAUCCCGGGACAGGAAGUAGUGUUUUCAUGCGACUCAGGAAGUGUUGCAGUUUAUUUAUUGUCUUCUCGUGCUCAUUCCAAAGAGUCUGAAAUCGACUGAUCGAUGAGCGAAUGAAAUCCCACAGAAGCUCCUCUUCAUCACUUGAGUUUUACCAGGAAAAGGCAUUAAAGUAACUGGAACAGUAAAGGGAAACACACAUGGGGGGGGCGCUACUUAACAGUUAACGGUAUUAUAUAAUGGAGGCAUUACAACCGUAAAACACUACACACACACUUUUAUACCUUCACCACGGACUGAGCUCACCAAGCAUUCAACGUUUCUGCUGGUGGGGGUUUAUUAUUAUUAUUAUUUAUAACUGAUCAUUUGUUCCUCUGGAUGAUUUAAAGCUUCCCUUGCCGUCCUUCCUUCCGUCUGUACAUCAACUGGGGGGAUUGCGUCGCUUAUGUGGUGCCCCCCCCCCCCCUCCUCCCCAUCCUACCAGCAACAGAGACGACUCCACGAGUGUCGAUCUGCGUUGGAGGAGUGAAUGUUUUGCCAAAUGAAGAACAAACACCUAAGAGGAGAUGUGCAGUUCGCUGCUGGGGGGGGCGGGCUAAGCAGUUGUCUGUCACCUCUGUGCGCACACUACUGAUGUUGGGGGGGUAACGUGAGUGCGGUAGGGUCAUGGAGCGCAUUGAGCCCUUUACACCCCCCCCCCCCCCUCCCCGUGUGGUUUGUGUAUUUGGGGAGCCUGUCUCAUGCUGUCCUUGGCAUGCCCCCCCCCUCCCCCCCCCCAUGUCAUUGGUUCAUUGCACAAUAUGAAGGGGUGUGGACCUUAGGAACAAAAUGUGGGUAUAUAGAGGGGGGGGGAUAGCCAAACUUAAUUGGUUUAAAAAAAUGAAUAUAUAUAUAUAAAUAUACAUAUAUUGAAACGUAAAUGAGAUUUUAUAAAAUAAUUUAAAGAAUAAAAUUCUGGGAAAAAACGUUUUCUGUGUUUCU